AUGUCUCAGCUGGAAACUGCGAUGGCAAUGACCAUUGCUGUCUUUGACAAGUACGCAAAGACUGAUGGCAACAGGCGAACCCUCACCAAAGCAGAACUAAAGACCCUCCUGGAAAAAGAGUUCCCAAACUUCCUCUUGUCAGGGAAGGACAAGGACGCCAUUGAUAAAGUCUUCAAGGACCUGGAUGAAAAUGGCGAUUCCCAAGUGGACUUCAAGGAAUUUGUCAUCUUUGUGGCAGCUCUGACUUGCUGCUGUCACGAAUAUUUUGAGCAGCAAGCAGCCAAAUAA